UCUCAGCUCAAACUCAAAGCGGCUGAUGGGACUUGUCAGGCGACGUCACCGUGUCGGCAGGAGAGGCGUCGCAGAGUUUCGCCCGGUUGUCAUUCCCAAAGGAAGAAGAGGGUGUGAUCCAAAUUUACCUGUCCGGUGUUACCUGGCGCCCUUGUCGUACAUGUCGGUCGUCGAAUAUCCUCUGCCGUAGGUCGUCAAACACUGGCUUCACUCAGGAGUAAGACGGAGAAGGCACUGAAGGAUGCUAAGAAGAUCCUGACUCGUGGCCCCAACAUGAGUGUGACAUCAUGGUUCCUGGUCAGCAGCUCCGGCACACGCCACCGGUUGCCACGGGAGAUGAUCUUCGUUGGCCGGGACGAUUGCGAGUUAAUGCUGCAGUCUCGCAGCGUGGACAAACAGCAUGCGGUGAUCAACUACGACACAAACACAGACGAGCACAUGGUGAAGGACCUGGGCAGCUUGAACGGGACAUUUGUGAACGACUUAAGAAUCCCAGACCAGACGUACAUCACCCUCAAGCUCUCUGAUGUCAUUCGUUUUGGCUAUGAUGCUCAUGUUUAUAUCCUGGAGAAGAGUCAACACAAAGUCCCAGAGGAAGCUCUAAAACAUGAGAAGUACACCAGCCAGCUGCAGCUUAGUAUAAAAGCCCUGGAGGCCAAGGCAAAGGAAAAACAGCAGCUCCAGAGCUCAGACAAGAGCAAAGGCUCUGUUUCCAAUGUCAAACUGCAAGACAAGGCGGAGCGAAAAGCCCACUCACUCACAGCUGCCACAGAUUCUCCAAUAUCCAAGCCUACUCCUCUCUAUGGCCAGCCGUCCUGGUGGGGGGAGGAUGAGGACCCAGCCAACAGAAAGGAGAACAGAGGUGGAAAAUCGCCAGGAGAGGAGUCUCCAGAGUCUGCUAAAGACGUGUCCAGAUAUGAGGUCAAUGGUUCUCUGUCCGACAGUCAGGCCAAGUCUAUUUUCUCCUACCGCCGGGAGCCAAGAUACUUUGAGAUCCCUACAAAGGAAUCCCAGCCGCGACCUGCCAAGAAACCUGAGUCGCAGGUUCACGAGGUUCACGAGGUUCCCACAAAGGACACUCCAGAUCCCAGUCAGUGUGUGUCCUCCACCCCCACACCUCCUGUGGUCCAAAGCCACGCUUCCUUUACCAUCGAAUUCGAUGAAUGCACGCCAGGUAAAAUGAAGAUUAAGGACCACGUGACCAAGUUUUCUUUCCGCCAGCAGCGCAAGCUGCCUUCCACAGAGGCUGUCACUACACCCACUGAGGUGAUGUCAGCGGAAAGCAAAGUAGCUGAUUGGCUGGUCCAAAGCAAUGCUAGCAUGAUGAGGAGGAGGUCACAGGCUGAAGACAUGUAUAGCACAAACAGUGACCCAUCACUUCUUAAGAUCACCAGGGCAAACAGCCCUGAAGAUGGCACUCCCAGUGAUUCAGGAGAUGUUUCGAUCAAUGGAAAUGAUUUUCUCCAAUCACAACCUCAGACUGGGUCGCAGGUGUCUCCGCAACCCCUGAGAGCAUCCCCGCCACAAUGCUAUGCCUCCCCCAACUCUGAGGAGCCCACGUCCUACUCUCCACCGGAGUCUCAGCCCCUAUCCAGCCUCGGCAAGGCUGAGCCUCACCAAGCCUUUGUCAUUGAAUUCUUUGAUGAUAACCCAAGAAAAAAGCGCUCCCAGUCCUUCACCAAUAACACAUGCCCACCUGAACCCCCAGGCCUCAGGGUCCAGCUGGAGAAGGCAAGGAAGACUGUAAGCCCAACUGGGGAGAGACAAGUCCCGUCUCCAGCCUCCACCACUCCCCCAACCCAACGAUACACCGUCCCCCUGAAGGGCCCUGCUUCCACAGGGCCUCAAAGAGCUGGCUCUCUACGGAGGGAGAAGACGGAGGACCGGAUCAGCACCAACUUUACCUCUCGCUCUUCAUCAUCUGUGUCAGUAAGGCCCUUCAGCAGUGUGGGCCGGAGAUCCAAACUUGCCCAGGAAUUUACUGCUGAAUUCCUCAAACAAGCAAAGCAGUCCUCUUCUGCCAGCUGGGAGAAAAACACAUCUUGUUCCCCUACAGCAGCUAAAACAGAGACGGUGGUAGAUUCCCAAACUCCAUCUAACUCUCCCCAAAAGCCACAGACUUCAUCUCCUAUCCACCAGCCUGUUCCCCUUAAGGCCCCUGUGAUGCCCCUGGUGUCUCAGAGUGUGGAAGUCAAGAGCCCCCAUGUCGGCCCCAAACACGAAGAGGAGGACAGUCUGAGUGAUGCAGGAACCUACACCAUUGAAAUGGAUAUUCAGGAUAAAGAGCUAGAAGAGGCGCGCAGUAAGAUUGACCAGGUUCAACCAGCAGGUGCAAUGUUACAGGGGGCUCCUAAGUGGAUGUCUUGCUGGGCCAGCUUGGCAGACAGCUACACAGAAUCUGGCCCUUCGUCUGGCCUCUUUGACGUUCCUUCCCAGAUGGAGCUGUCAGGAGGGGCACGAGGCACAAUCAUCCACAAGGCCACACUCAGUCAACAGCACGACAGCGGCAACUCUGAUGGUUCAAGAGCUCGGCGCGUCCUGCCCCAGGUACCAGUGGGGGAGAAGAGUGACGUUCCAACUCCCAGCAUUCAUGUUCAUUAUGACCUGCACUCAACAUUUGAUAUAGAAGAGAAUAGCCUGGUGACCCCCAAGUCUCAGGAUAGCCAUCACAGAUUGUCAGUGCAGGACGACGUAGAGCCUGACAGCUUGAGCGACGCCAGCAGGUCAGAUGAUGGUUCCAUCAUAGAGCAAAGGAGGAGACCGCUGUCAGACACAGAAGAGAAGAAGAAAAAUGAGGACAAACUCAGACUCCCAGCCAAGUCUACAUCAUUCUACAUCGGGUCAGAGGAGGCUGCGUCCAAAGCUGACCAUGAAGACUCAAAACCCAGCACUCCUAAGACUGAAAGAAAACAUGGAACCAAAACUUUCUCUACAGCCACCCUGACCAAACCAAGACUUAACCAGGACUCUGGAAAAGUCAAACCCAGUAUGUCUGCUCCUGUCCUGGGCCAGGGCAGACAGAGUCCAGAGUCCAAAGAGGGCACCACAUCCCCAUUAAUCAGACAAGAGAGUUUCACCAAGGAGCGGCCUAGCAAUGCCAGAUUGCCCAACAUCUCUAGCCAGCCUGUUCAAAAAGACCCAGACCCCGAGUCAUUCCAGGGAGGGGACACUCAUUCUUACCUCAAAGAGACGGAGAAUGUUCUGGCUGUUCUGGAGGCCAAACUCCAAGCAGGACAAUCAGAAACAACACCGUCGCCAAUAAUGGACUCUCUUUCUGGAGAGUCUGAUGUGGAUACCUCCAGCACAGUCAGCCAACAUAGCAGUAAGACCAGGCCAAACACACUGACUAAAAAAACUUCAGUUAGUGGCCUUCAUAGGGAGAGGUCCUCCGCCAGUAUAGCUAGUCAAGAUUCCGUUCACCUGUCCGGUACAUCAGAAAAGUGGCGCUCUCAGGGAGCAGACAGCAACAACAAGACUGAGUCUUUCAGGAGACCUGUUGGGCUGAGACGUAGUGUCGGGAAAUGUGGCUCCACAGACCUAAGUGAUGACCCGCAGAGCUUACCUUACUCUGAUCAGGAGUCUAACAACCACCAACCCCGCAAAAAAUACUCGGUACCCUUACAGAAGGAAGACGGCAAGACAUCCAGAGUGUCCCAGGCCUUAACUCGUGCCAACAGCUUGUCGGCCCCAAGACCCACCAGAGCAUCCAUGCUCCGACGGGCUCGCCUGGGAGAAGCUUCGGACAACGAGGGAACGGAGACCGACAGGCUGUCCCAGGAGGCAGGCAGCGGCCCAGCAAAGCAACCCCAGGAAACCAGGAAACAACUCUCCAGGCUGGAUAUGCUGGCGAUGCCUCGUAAGCGGACGAGCUCAUUCAACACACCCAGCGACACAGAGGCCUCCUCCGUCCCACAGGGGACGGGCAGGAGCACAGGAUUCUCCAACCGCAGCACAGAGUCUGGCAGCAGCUCAGUUCGAAGGGCCUCUGCUCCGGGGCCGAAGCCUGUAGAAAGGCCACAGAAAGCAGCGCUCAACAAGACACCAAUCACUCGUGGACGUUCGAGCAGUGCCAAAUAUGCCAGCAGCACUGCAAGCUCCAGGAGACGACAGAAAGGCUCUGACUAUACCUCUACCUCAGAUGAGGAGUACGACUCAAACCAGAGCACUCCUAAACACAAACGCUCCCAACCUUCCUCAGCUUCCCAUAGCCCACGCAGUCAGCCUCGGCCUCGGCCCGUGGUCGCCCUGCGUCAGAAAGCCCGCAGCAGAGAUUCUGAGGACGAGAAUCAUGAAGGAGACACCCUCCAAAACUGGUCCAACCACAGUGCUGAGAUUGCACGGUUGAGUCAAGACCUGGCUAAAGACCUAGCUAUCUUAGCCAGAGAGAUCCAUGACGUGGCAGGUGAUGGUGAUCCACAAAACUCUGGACUGGAGAGCAGUGCACCCAUCUCCACAGUGACCGCUCACGAACAGCUGAUUCAUCAUAUUCCAGAGGCUGGAUUAAACUACCAGAGAGUCCCACCCAGUUCUACAUCCACAAGGGAACCUGACCAGAGUUCGAGUGACCAUGAACAGCCCUCAAGGCCGCGAGCUCGGAGCAGGGACGAGGUGAUGGUGGACAAUCUGAUGCUGAAUCCUGUGUCUCAGAUAAUCGUGGCCAUCAGAGAAAACACUGAGCAACUUGCCGACAAAAUUAAGGUCCUGUUCCAGGACAGGAUGGAUAUCUGGCAAGACAUUGAGGCCAAGGUUAAUUCUGACAAUGAUGUUCCUGUCGUCAAAACCUCCAACAAGGAAAUCACAUCUAUCCUGAAAGAACUCAGGAGAGUUCAACGACAGCUUGAGUUGAUUAACACAGUCAUUGAGCCCAGUGGGCAGCCUGAAGCAUCCAAGGCCUCAGCCUCCUCAUCAUCUGGAGUUCGGCCCUCCAGACCUCCUUCCUCAAGAGACUUUAGAACAGUCCACUCUGUGUCCAAGCGUGGCGGCGGCCCGAGGCCCAGUGAGAGUAUCAGGAGAGCAGCUGUGACACCAGACGAUCUCAGACAGGGAUAUUUGGUUUGAGGUGUGACACAAACACGCAGGUUCCAUAAGCGGCUGAACAUCUGCUGAAACCCCCAAAAAACCCCAGGUGUCGGACCAUUGUGUGCACAAUGAAACCGAGAAAGGAGGAAGUAAUAUGCAGAACUGAACUGUAGCCUUCUGUACAUCCAAACAUAAACACUACUGCACUAUGAGCACCUAGACAGAGGAGCCUGCACUAAACGCCCUUAAACCACGACUCUGUGGGAGGCUGACAUGUGAGGCGAUGAUUUAGGGAAGUACCAAAAUACUUCAGUAAAUCUCACAUUCACCUCUGACAGGCCUCAACACUGUACUUGAUCCUGUGUGUGUUAAGAGGUCGACCUCUUUAUUUGCCAAUGAUACAGCCAACAUUGCUGAUUUUAAAAGCUCUUUGUAAUUACUUGACCUGAGCAUUACCAUCUCAGGGAAGAUCUUUAAUAGUGACAAAUCCCAUUUGUGAGGAAAUAUUACUUAAUUGAUAUUUGUUUUGAGUAGAAAGAACUGCAGUGACCUUGCAGAUUUUAAUGUACUGUGUACUUGUGUCCUCAGUAAACCCACUGCAUUCCCUUAUAUAUUUUUUCCAUGUUUUUGUCUUUUUAGCCACUUUUAUGUUUGUGGACCAGAUUUAUCGAAGAAUGUAAAAAGUAUUUAUUGGGGGUCUUUUGUGAGACGCUGUAACCGAGACAACAUGACUUUGCCAGACCAAUUAAUGUUAUAUUACACCGUUGCUACCACACAGUUUCUUUUGUAUUUAUUCUGGUAACAUUUCCCAGUGGAGCGACUCAGUCCAUGCUCCUCUCAGUAGAUGAACACUAUAUUUUGUCCAAGUGGAGAUGAAAAUCCCUCAGGAAUGUGUGGUCCGACUGGUAGGAGGGGCUCAGUCCAUAGUUUAGUCACCUAGCAACCACAAACUCAAGUGGCUAUAAAACAAGAGUUUUCAAGCAUUCCUUUGUACCUUCUGAAAAGUGCGUUUUUAUUUAUUACAGCGGGAGGUUUGAAACUUGGUUUUUGUUUUCCACGUGUGAAGAGCACAGUUAGCUCUGGUUGGUGGCCAAAGACAAUCAUAAAUAACAUCAUCUGUGUUUGUACCAUCACACUACACUUAACCCUCUAUAUGCUUAAUCAGAGCACUGUGUACAAUGUGUUAUUUCCUCAAUCUCUCAAGUCACAAGAUCCCUUCUGAUGGGUCCUCACAGUACAAGAGAAGCAUUGUAAUUUCAGCGAUUAAAGCUGACGGUGGUGUAAAACUGUAAACCUGAUCAUUAGUUUGUGACAUUCUGUUGUUCAGUAUGUAAAUAUCUAGAUAUUUCUAUGUCCUACAAAUUACCUCUCAAUCUUGUCUUUUGCACUAAUGUAGUAAAACAUUAUCCCGUCGACCUGAUAUGCUGCAAACUCUCUUGCGAAAGAUUGUAAACAUUUGAUGCUGCGGUUGCUUGAAGCAGGAAACAAAGCGACCCAGUGCACCAGCAACUUUCCCCUCUUCCCAGUCCAGAUUGUACAUGUGAUUUGUGACUGGGAAGUACCUGUAAGUGCCACAGAGCUGUGUGGGAUGAUGUUUCAGUGGUUGUUUACAAACUCGGGCAAAAAUUGAAUGUUUGUCCUCUUGCUCAAAUUGUUGCUGCUAUUCUUCUUCUAUGGGAUAGGAUUUCCCCGUUGCUUUACUCCACCUAAGUCAAAGCUUCAGCACGUUUGAGAGCUGAAAAGUAAUUUUUGUUUGUCAAAUUUGUGUCCCCUUGUUUUGAUAUUCAACUCAUGUUUCCCCCUCCUUCCACCCAGGAUGAUUUGGAUGUAAUCUUUCUGUCUUGUUAGCUGGUAUUUAUGUUCAGUUAUUUGUGUAAUUUGUUAGCUGAUGAUUUCAGGUUUUUCAAAUAAAUUUGAUGAG